AUGGUGCAUGCAGAGUCUGGAAAUGUGGGUGUGGUCAACAAAUUACUGGAUUCACAUGCCUUCAUGGAUGCACAGGACAUGCGUGGACAAACAGCUCUGAUGAAGUCAUCAUUCAGGGGCAGACUGGAAGUGGUACAGGAGAUGGUCAGAAGAGGGGCUCUUAUUGACCUCAAGUGCAAGGAAGGGAGGACUGCAGUGAUGUAUGGGGUGAUGGGAGGUAAUGUGGAAGUCACAAAGUUCCUGACUAUGUCUGGAGCUGACUUGACCAUAACUGACAAUAAUGGGCAAACUGUGCUGGACAUAACAGAAAACAGGGAAAUACGCACUUUCCUUGAGAAAAAAACAACCGUAAAGAGAGUUGAUAAGGAUCCAUUCACAGCUGUGAUGAGCCAAUAUCUGGAUAUGCAAAAGACGCAAAAAAGGAUAACAGACAAAGAGAAUACGCAGAGUAGCAGCACACUCUCUCCCGGCCAGCCUGCUCUGGAAUCGCCAAAGAGUAGGCGAAAGGGAGAGGGAGACCAGAUCAGUGAGGGUCUGUCAGAGGAAGACCCCAUGAAACACCAGCUGAACACUUACAUAAAGAGAGUGGCAGAGCUGGAGACAAGAGUGGAGGAACUGACAAUCAGGGCAGAGUUCUCAGUGAUAGAUGAGGAAGAUUUAAGCCACUACAGAGACCAGCCGGACAGACUCAUCGAGGAAUACAAGAAACUCAAGACGGCAAAGAAGAAAGCUGAACAAUUUGCCGUUGAAGCAAAACAAAGUGCACAGAAGGCCUCAGUGGAGCUGACUCAACUUAAGGAGCAGCUGGUAAUGGAGAAGCACAUCAAUGAGCUGAGGCUGAAGCACAUGAUGUCAGACGUGGAGAGUAAACUGGCCUCGACAGAGCAGUAUCAGGACAAGAAGGAGGAGAUGGAAAUUGCCUACAAUGGCAUCAUCAGGGCUCUCGAGAAUGAGAGGACCCCUGAAGAAAUUACUCGCCUCAAAGUUCAGAGAAUGCCUACCCACACCUACAACCCAGAGGAAGUGUUUGAUGUGAUUGUCAAUGGCAACAUCAAGACUCAGUUCAAGGUGACCCUGGUGGCUGUAACUGGUCUCCCUGAUUCAGGAAAAUCGACUCUCGUUGAUAAACUGGCUCCAAAGAAACGUGUACCAAAUGCAAUUGGCUUUACUGCCACCGGAUCACACGCUCUUAUAAUGCAUGAAAUCGGUUACUGCUCAACAUCUCGACGAGAUAGGCUUACCCCUGAAUGGGGAGAGUUUCCAAGAGAAGAUAUCUACAUGUUUAUGCUCACCCGUGCUCUAGCAGACAGGAACAUGGCACUGCCAAUGUUGGAGAAGUGGUCCUACCAAAACAGCCUGCCAACAAGGUUCCUCAGAAUCGAACAUUUGCAACAGCACUUCAAAAAUGUAUACACUACAAUGCAAGAGGGCCUAUUGAGAUUUGCCGAAAGUGGUUCCGACUUUCAGUUCCAUUUGAUGUCGCAACCAAAUUACGUAUUCCUCAACAUGUGGGACAUUGGAUUCAGUAAGGCGCUUCUGGAGGCACUCCCUCUAAUUGCUCGUCUAAUGCACCCCUUUGUGAUGCUGAAUGUCCUCGAUCUCUCCAGAGAUAACCUCGAAAACUUACGAACUCAGCCAUUUAAACUUGUGCAUCAACAAAGGAAGCACAUCAUGAGAAGAAGGUCACGGGGACAUUACUAUGUUCGUACGUUAGGUUUGUGUAAACCACCAGGAGAGGCCAUUCUAAUAGGAACACACCGAGACAAGAUCCCCGAGGAACAAGUGCAGAAAGUAAAGAGGAUGACUGAGGCAGGUAUCAGGGCGAAAGCGGGGGAUGUAGGGGCCAAUGUAUCGAGGGAGAUGUUGGCAGUCGAUCUUCACAAUGACGGAGAUUGUGAACAUAUUAAAAGGUGCAUAGAAGACCUCAUGGCCUCGACUGAUGUUUUUGACAUUGACCUACAGCUCACCUGGAUCUUCCUGCACAGUGCACUUCUACACUACAAGUCUGACGCAUCAGAUUUCCUCAUGCAGCGUAGAGAGUUUGAUGCCCUGGCAUACGAAUGUGGGCUCAAAUCGAAAGAAGACACGGAGAAUUGCCUCAAGUUUUUCACAAAGAUUGGAAGCCUCAUGUACAGUCCAGAAUUCUUCGGUAGCAGAAUUGUAUACCACCCGAUCAACUUCUUUAAGAAAUUCAGCGCGCUUUAUGAUUCGGUUGAGACGGACGACAAGCAUUGCCAAGUCAGUCUCAGUGUUGGAAUUCUCUGCAAGAGCGUGGCAAAAAAUAUUUGGGGAGAUGAUAAGGAUUUCUUCUGGGAAGUCAUGCAAGAGGCUGGCAUUGCUGUUGCCACUAAGGUUCUCCCUAAAUCCUAUGAUCCAAUCUGUUAUGACUACCAAAUCAACUGCCCACACUGCAAAGAGACUGACCUACUGUUUGUGUCGACAGUUCGUAAAGAAACUUUCUCUCGAAAACAAGAUAAAAACGACUCCAACGACUCCCUCUUCGUAACGUUCAAUAAAGAGUAUAUUCCUGUUGAUAUUCAAGCACACUUUAUAAAGUUUCUUAAGGUAGAGAUCCCCGAUUUGAAGCUGAAAUUAUCGAAAUGCUACAAUUCCACGGAGUUUGAGCUCCCUAAUGGAGGGACCUUCAAAGUCAUUGUCCAUGGAGAUGUUGUGGAAUUGGCGGAAGCUGAAUUCUCAACCGCUGCUUCAGAAUGCUAUGAAGCAAGGGUUGUCCCACGCUCCGAGUUGCUUCAUGUGGUUAAACUGAUUCCAGUGGAGGUCUAUGGGGCAAUAUCCACCACACUGGGUCCAGGGAGAACCAGCUACACCUCAGUCUGUGAGGAGACAAUAGUGACACUCCUCACCGACUGGCAGAGACAGCAUCCCAGCAACAGACGAGAAACACUGGCUAGGAUCCUCCUCAAAAUUGGCUGCUACAAAGCUGCCAUCAAACUCGAUGCAAAAAUGUUCAAUGCUUCCAUGGAGGAAGUGCCACAAGAUUCCAGCAAAGAAGCCCUGUCAGCUGUGGAGAUGGAGAUACUCUGUAACUGUGCCAUUCAGUGGAGACUGCUAGCCACAGAGCUAGGUCUAGCUGGGGAUAAAGUACGAAAGAUUGCUCAGUUUGCCUGCACCAGUGACAGGGAACGCUGCAGGAGAGUACUGCAGGAAGCCAGCGAGGCGUUUUUCGGAGCGGUAAGAAGAGGAGAGGCAAGAAGAGUCCAGGAAUUGCUUCAUGCUCACCCCACAGUACUGGAAAGACCUGAUCCAGGUGGCCAGCGACCUCUGAUGGUGGCUCUGUCAGAGGGACAUGGGAACGUGGUGGAGGUGUUGCUGAAGAAAGGAGCAAACCACUCUCAACCCGAUAUGAGUGGCAACUCUCCACUACAUGUGGUGGCUGGAAAAGGAAACUUUGAAGCUCUGAGAGUGUUCCUAAAGAAUGUGCAAUUGCCACACAUCAACUGCACUAAUACGGAGGGUGACAGUGUCCUCAUGGGACCUGCUGGCAGAGGGUUCUCUAUUAUUGUGGAGUGUCUCCUACAACACAAUGCUGACCCAAACAUCACCAACAAGGCUGGGAGGACUCCCAUAAUGGAGGCAGCCAGGAAAGGUCAUAAAGAGGUCAUCAAGGUCCUCCUCAGGUUUGGAGCCGCCAUUCUCCUCACCAGCCAUGAGGACUACUCUGGGAUGCCUACAACUCUAAGAGAGGCAGUGGCCUAUGGCUCCACUGACGUUACGUCAUUCAUCACGCAACACUGUAACAAGGCUUCAGAGAAAAUCAAACAAUUGUUCCUGUCCAAGACAACAGAGGAAGUUGAUGACCUCAUCAGAAACUGGAUGCAGUGUCAAUCACAGGCGAGGGGUAAGACCCUGCGUCACACAGACAAACGAACUGACGGUUGUACAGCUCUAAUGGUGCAUGCAGAGUCUGGAAAUGUGGGUGUGGUCUGCAGAUUACUGGAUUCACAUGCCUUUAUGGAUGCACAGGACAUGCGUGGACAAACAGCUCUGAUGAAGUCAUCAUUCAGGGGCAGACUGGAAGUGGUACAAGAGAUGAUCAGAAGAGGGGCUCUCAUUGACCUAAGAUGCAAGGAAGGAAGAACUGCAGUGAUGUAUGGUGUGAUGGGGAAGAGUGUGGAAGUUACAAAGUUCCUAACUGUAUCAGGAGCAGAUCUAACUAUAACCGACAAUAGUGGUCGGACAGCACUGGUCCUAUCUCAAGAUACAGCCAUUUCCGAUUACCUCAAGAAGCAAAAAUCUUCAAGCAUAAGCAUUAGUGGGGAUCCUUUCACAGCAACUGUGACUGAGUACUUGCAGAAGCAGAAGAAUGUACCAAAACAGAUUGAACCAGGAGAGAGCAGUGGGUCUGCAGACUCUCCCAGUCAGCAGAGGAGAAGACAGACUCAUGGCAGGCCAAAGAGUGGAACACAGAGACACGGAGGAGAGGGAGACCAGAUCACUGUUCAAAUUAAUAGCCCAGUGGAAUUUGGAAUUCCUACAUUCUCAGUGAUGGAUGAGGGAGAUUUGGGCCACUACAGAGACCAGCCGGACAGACUCAUUGAGGAAUACAAGAAACUCAAGAUGGCAAAGAAGAAAGCUGAACAAUUUGCCGUCGAAGCAAAACAAAGUGCACAAAAGGCCUCAGUGGAGCUGACUCAACUGAAGGAGCAGCUGGUAAUGGAGAAACACAGCAAUGAGCUGAGGCUGAAGCACAUGAUGUCAGACAUGGAGGAGACACUGGCCGUUAGGGAGCAUUCUCGGGAGAGGGACGAGGCUGCCUAUAAGGUCAUCAAAAAGGCUCUUGGGGAAAAGAAACCUCUUGCUCAUGUUCUACCGACACGUGAAUACAGCCCUGAAGAGGUACUGGACAUCAUUGUAAAAGGAACAUCAAGACUCGGUUCAAAGUGACACUGGUGGCAGUUGGAGGGCUGCCCGGCUCAGGGAAGUCGACUCUCGUUGAUAAACUUGUGCCAAAAAUCAACAGUCAGCGUGUUGUUCCGGCACUUGGAAUGUAUGAAGUGGGUUACUGCUCGACGUCGCGAAGAGACAAGUUAACUCCAGAGUGGGGCGAAUUCACCCGAGAUGACAUCCAUAUGUUCAUGCUUACUCGUGCUCUAACGGAUAAUGGCCAGGCACUGCCGAUUUUGAAGCAAUGGUCUGGAAAUGCCCUCCCACCAAAGUUGAUUGCAAAUAAGCAGCUAUAUAACCACUUUGAAAAAGUGUACUGCGAUAUGCACAACGGGCUGUUAAAGUUUGCCGAAAGCGAAUCUGAUUUCCGAUUCCACGUGAUGACAGAGCCCAACUACGUUCUCUUGAACUUGUUUGACAUUGGGGUUAGUAAGGCUCUCAACGAGUCUCUCCCUCUCAUUUCCCGUCUAAUGCAACCCUUUGUGUUGCUGAAUAUGUUGAACCUUCAUAGAGAUGGGCAUGAAAGCCUCAGACUUCUGCCCAAAUUGACAGAUGUCCACAAAGCUCAACACGUAAUGAACGGAAGAUCUCGUGGACACUACUGUACCCGCAUUGGUGGGUUUUGUAAAGAACCAGGCAGGAGCAUUUUGAUUGGAACACACAGGGACAAACUAAAUGAAGAGGAUGCCCAUAGGAUGAAAAUGCUAACGGAGGCGGGCAUCAGAGCUAAGAUGGGGGAUAUGUGUGCCGGUGAGUCAAUGGAAUCAGAUAUGUUGGUUGUUAAUCUCCACGAUCAAAACGAUGUCGAAAAACUCAGGAGACACAUAGAGGAAGUCAUAAAUUCCACCCCGGCCUUUUACCACGAUUUACACCUGACGUGGAUUUUCCUGCGCAGUGCCCUCAAUCACUACACGUACCAAGAUUCAGAUUUCAUAAUGCCAUGGGAAGAUUUCUAUAAACUGGCAUGCGAGUGUGGACUGAAAGCAGAGGAAGACAUUGAAAAAGCCCUCAAGUUUUUCACGCAAUGUGGAAGCCUCAUGUACGACACCAAGUUCUUUGGCUAUAAAGUGAUUUACAACCCCCAAGUUUUCUUUCAAAAAUUAAACGCCCUCUAUGACCCAGAAAAUAGAAACGUAGAUGACCACGACCAUUACCAAAACACAGUGAGUUAUGGAAUACUAUGUGCGAAAGUUGCGAAGGAGAUAUGGAAGGAUGACAAAGAUUUCUUCUGGAAGUUAAUGCAAAAAGGUGCUGUUGCAGUUAAUCUAUCCGAAUCUGAGUAUGGGCUCACGUGCCCCCAUGAUGGUUGUGAGGAAACUGAGCUACUCUUUGUAUCAACACUUCGUACGGGGCGAUGUAAAAGAGAGAAAGGGACGAAUAUGAAGAAAGACUCUCUUUACAUAACAUUCAAUGGCCAGUAUAUGCCCGGAGACUUUCAAGUCCAAUUCGUCAAAAACAUCAAGCCAGUGAUGCCUGGAAUAAAGCUCAAACAUACUACACAGUAUUAUAAUCUAACCGAGUUUGAACUACCAAACGGUGGGUCUUUUCGGAUCUUUGUUCACGGAGAUGUGGUUGAGUUGGAAGUGGAGGGAUACGAGAAUAGCAGCAAGCUGGAAACAGAAACCAAGUCUAUUAUCAAGGCUACGUGCGUUGAAAUGCUGGAUUCCGUGCUAAAGUAUUUCCCUGGAUUCAAUUACCAGCUCGGACUACUCUGUACAGAUUGUCUUGUACUUAACAAGGAUACUGACCCAGCACCAAACAAUAACAUUACCUCCUACCUUCAUUUCCUACCGACAGACUGUGAGAAUGAACUGUACUGCAGGGACUGCGGAGAGCGAACGUUUGACGACGAGACUUACACACAGGGUUGCGGGAAGAUGAUUCAAUUGUCUGAUGGACAAAAGCGAUGGAUGGACACUCAGUUGAUAGGGAGUUUCAAGGUGCAACUUCUGGUGAAAAGUGCUACGAAGCAAGAAUUGUGGCACAGAAAGAGCUAUUCCAAAUUGUUAAACUGAUUCCAGUGGAGGUCUAUGGGGCAUAUCCACCACACUGGGUCCAGGGAGAACCAGUACAACUCAGUCUGUGAGGAGACAAUAGUGACACUCCUCAACCGACUGCAGAAACAGCAUCCCAGCAACAGACGAGAAACACUGGCUAGGAUCCUCCUCAAAAUGGGCUGCUACAAAGCUGCCAUAAAACUCGAUGCGAAAAGGUCAACGCUUCCAUAAAGAAAGUGCCACAAGAUCCCAACAAAGAAGCCCUGUCAGCUGUGGAGAUGGAGAUACUCUGAACUGUGCCAUUCCGUGGAGACUGCUAGCACAGAGCUAGGUCUGCUGGGGAUAAAGUACAAGAGAUGCUCAGUUGCCUGCACCAGUGACAGGGAACGCUGCAGGAGAGUAUGCAGGUCUCUCAACAGAGAAGGAAAUCAAGGAAAGAGAAUAUCUGAAGCAUUACACAAGAUGGGGUGGACUUCUGCAGCUAAGAGUUUAGAAUGUGGAUAUAUUAACACAUAAUUAUUGUCUUACCUUGUGUUCUAGCUGUGUAUAUUUUAUACAUCAAAGAGAAUGCGAUGAGGCCCUGAAAAAUUCCCACAGCAUGCUGUUCCUGUUUAAAAAUGGAUGGCCUAGAUAAGGUGGCCUAAAUUUUCGUA